UUCACAAAUUAAUUUCGCUCGGAUUUUCAGGUUUCAUGUUUGUUCGCGUUUUACGAAAUUUUACGAUCUUGAUUCUUGUACCUUGUAGAUUAUAAGUUUUUCAGCCGUUCUGCGUUGUCGGAUUUAACCGUCGAUAGUGGUUAAUUCGUCUGAAAAAUUUUAUUUUAAAUUUUUAUUUCACAGCUGGCAUUAGCCGCAUUACCAACUCGAACAGUGGGAGUUCUCAGUUGUGCGUCAUUUGAAAACUUUGGUUCUUUGGGCUUACUCUUGCCUGUUCAUCUGUGUUGAUUUGGGAAUCAAGGUUUUCCGAAGACUGGACACUUAGAAAUGAGCGUCUUCGCCAGCGAUCCCGAUUUUUGCGGCAACUGUGGCUCCAUUUUACCCGUGGAAUCGGGAUUAUCGAUCCUGCAGUGCCAGAACUGCGGACACAAAGUCGAUCUCUCCACGAUGCAGCACGUGGCCAGAAAAUCGCGCAUCUACCUGAACACGGGCGCCAGCCGGAGCACCAGCCAGGCCGUCACCAAGUACGACGGACCGAUCGCCGAGCGGAAAUGCGGCAAAUGCGAGCACUUCGGCAUGGCCUAUCUCACGCUGCAGCUGCGCUCGGCCGACGAAGGCCAGACCGUCAUCUAUACCUGUCCGCGAUGCGGCAAGCCCCAGAUUGCAUGUCGAGUACGCACUGCGCAGCAGGGUAAUUGUUGGCUGAUCGUAUCAUCGUAGUACAGUGGUUGUGGAAGUGUUCAGCCAUGUUGUGUGUAAGGAUAUCGAGAACAGUUGAUCUUGGAAUAUGGGCGAAUGUACCGUACACUGUGAUAAAGUAUUGCUGUUAAAUUCUCCGUGAUGUACGUUGAAUUUUGGUCUGUACUUUGUCAGUCUUUGCAUUUUCGCUUUCCGGGCGAACCUGUUGUAUGGAAUAAAAAUUUCCGCUACAAAAAAUACGGAUUAUUUUGUAUGAAUGGCAGAUGAAUUAAUCGUUGACGGAACACUGCAUUCUGAUCGAAUAAAA